CGCAGAAUCUUUUAGACGCAGUCCAAACACAGCCUCCCAUCCUCAGAGAGUGAAGCCAUGAGCUUGCAAUGUUGCUUGGGAUUGGGAGGGACGACCUUCCACACCCUCAAACUCGCAGCAAUUCCAUCAUCUUACUCUUCCAUUUUCAGACCCCUCUCCAAAACCCUAACCCUAGACCUCCUUCUCCAUCCCCACCAUUCUCCCCGAAGGCCCUCACUUCCACUUUUCGCCAGAGCUCUCUCAGCCCCAGCCAUCCAAACCACAAUUCCCGAAGAUAAAGUUGUGAAACCUCAAUGGAAAGCGUCCAUAGAUUUCAAGUGGAUUCGGGACAAUAGAGUCGAUGUUGCUGCCAACAUUAGGAACCGACAUUCCAAUGCUGACUUGGAACUGGUUCUUCAACUGUAUGAGAGAUUGUUAAAUGUUCAGAAGGAAGUUGAAAGGCUUCGUGCUGAAAGAAAUGUGGUUGCGAACAAGAUGAAAGGAAAACUGGAACCCUCUGAGCGUCAAAAGCUAAUAGAAGAAGGAAAGAGUCUAAAGGAAGGACUUAUUACUCUGGAGGAAGACUUGGUUAAACUUACAGAUGAGUACUUAUGGGAAUCACAUAUUUCCUAAUAAGCACAACGUAUACCAAAUAUGACCCAUCCAGAUGUUCCAGUGGGAGGGGAAGAUUGUUCUGUAUUGAGAAAAAUGGUUGGGAGUCCUCGGGAGUUUGGCUUCCAUAUUAAAGAUCACUUUCAACUUGGGAAAGACCUAGAUCUCAUUGAUUUUGAUGCUGCUGCAGAGGUCAGCGGGUCAAAAUUCUACUACCUGAAGAAUGAAGCAGUUUUACUAGAGAUGGCACUUGUAAACUGGACGAUCUCGGAAGUCAUGAGAAGGGGCUUUACACCCCUUACAACCCCGGAAAUUGUGAGGUCUUCUGUUGUUGAAAAAUGUGGCUUCCAACCUCGUGGAGAAAAUACCCAGGUUUAUUCUGUAGAGGGUAGUGAUCAAUGCCUUAUUGGCACUGCAGAGAUUCCAGUGGGGGGAAUUCAUAUGGAUUCUAUUCUCACAGAAUCGUCGUUACCAUUAAAGUAUGCAGCUUUCUCCCAUUGCUUUCGUACUGAAGCUGGUGCUGCAGGCGUGGCAACAAGGGGCCUUUAUCGAGUCCACCAGUUCAGCAAGGUGGAGAUGUUCAUCCUUUGCCAACCUGAAGAAAGCGAUUCUUACCAUGAGGAAUUAAUUGGAAUUGAAGAGGACCUGUUCUCAUCACUAGGCUUUCAUUUUAAAACUAUAGAUAUGGCUUCAGGGGAUUUAGGUGCACCUGCUUAUCGGAAAUUUGAUGUGGAGGCAUGGAUGCCAGGUUUAGGACGUUUUGGUGAGAUAUCAAGUGCAUCAAAUUGUACCGACUACCAAAGUCGUCGACUAGGAAUCCGUUACCGUCCCGAAGCAUCAUCAACAAAUCCCAAGAAGGGUAAAGGCAAUCUUGCUCCAACACAGUUUGUGCACACAUUAAAUGCCACGGCCUGUGCUGUUCCGCGGAUGAUCAUAUGUUUGCUUGAGAAUUAUCAACAAGAAGAUGGUUCCAUCGUAAUCCCUGAGCCAUUAAAACCCUUUAUGGGUGGGCUUGAGGUCAUUACUCCAAAGUCCAGAUAGAAAAAUGGGAUAUCAGAUUUAUUUUUGGUAUUAUAGAUGAUAGUAUUUUUUACUGUAUUGGUAUCAGUAAAAGGUGGAAAGUUGAGCUUGUUGACUGAACAACAAUUUCCUUUCAAAUUUUGAGUUAAGUAUGUUGAAUUUUGAUUUUCUCCUGAUAAAAAUUUUGUAUUGAUAAUU